AUGAAUUUUCAAUUGCCAAGGCAAUUCACCCUGCCGACGACCCUGACACCAUACGAUGGACUAGGAGACCCGAAGCAGCACGUCAAAAAAUUCCGAUCUAUUAUGAUCGUCAACGGUGCAUCCGACCCAAUUUUAUGUCGCUGUUUUCCGUCAUUUUUAGAUGGUCCUGCACUUGACUGGUUUUGCUCUUUGCCUGCAGAUUCUAUAUCGCGAUUCCAGGAGCUGGCGAGGCAAUUUGAAGAUCAUUUUGCCGCAUCAGCAAUCUACUUGCACGAUUCGGACUAUUUGACAACCAUUAAACAGGGGCCGCAAGAAAGCUUGAAGGAUUACAUCACGCGAUUCACCAAGGUCGCCAUGAGAAUUCCCGAUCUCCACCCAGAGGUUCACCUUCAUGUCAUUAAGAGCGGCCUCCGCCCCGGCAAGUUUCAAGAAACUAUCGCCGUAGCAAAGCCUAAAACCUUGGCUGAAUUUCGGGAGAAGGCUAAAGGUCAGAUUGAUGUUGAAGAGCUCAGGCAAGCACGAAAGACAGAAAGAUCGCCUGCAAGCAAGGAUGACGAUAAAUCCCAAGAUAACAAGAAAGCAUUCAAGCCAGUCCCUCGUUAUGACUCAUACACCCAGUUCAACGCAAAAAGGGAUGAUAUCAUCAAGGAGAUACUAAACUCUAAAUUAAUAAGGCCUCCUCGAAAAGCUGACAACUAUCCGGAAUCAAAGGGAGUUGACAAAUCAAAAUACUGCACUUUCCACCAAAAGCACGGACACACAACCGAUGAAUGCGUUAUUGCUAAGGAUCUCCUAGAACGACUGGCAAGACAAGGACAUCUCGACAAGUUCAUUACAGGACACAUGCAGAGAAACACCAUCCCAACACCUGAUACAUCAGCAGCAGGCACAUCCUCGAAAGGAAAGGAGAAAGCUCCGGCACAACCUAGAGGGGUAAUAAAUUGCAUUUCAAGAGGUUAUGCUGGAGGUGGACACACAAGCUCAGCCAGAAAACGAACUUAUCGGGCCAUGUUAGCAGUAACAGACGCUCCCAGCAAUCCUCGGCCGACGAUAAACACCCCAGAAGUGGUCUUCAAAUCAACCGACUUAAAUGGUGUUGACGCCAAUCUAGAUGACCCUGUCGUCAUUUCUAUUCAGUUAGGAGAUCUGAUAGUACGAAAAGUUUUACUCGACCCAGGAAGCAGUGCGGAUGUUUUAUUUUUCACCACCUUCGAAAAAAUGAAGCUGAGCAACAAUAUUCUGCAACCGUAUCUUGGAGACCUGGUCGGAUUCUCAGGAGAACGAGUUCCUGUGCUCGGAUCGGUGUGGUUACAGACCACACUCGGAUAA